UGACAGUCACUCGAUUGAAGUUAUCAGCUGCGGUUGCUUUCCUGAGGAGGAAAACAACAAGCGAGCAGAGCUAAGGAGGAAGACGGCUUCUUGUUUAUCCCUUCGACUUCAUCUGCGACUUUUUGAGGAUAUAGCCUACUCACGAUGCAUCUGAGAACAUUGCUUUCGUGAAAGUUUAAGAAGAAUUACGCUUGGACUUGUUUUCGCGGCGGAAUGUCGCAGUGAGCCUGAAGCAAGCUUGGAGACCUUUACACGGCGUCGCGCAAAUCUCGGACGAAGCGACAGUCCUGCCGGCGGAGUUUUACCUGAGCAGGUGAAGCGAACGCUUGCACAGCAUGUCCAAGCCCAUGGAUCACGUGAAGCGUCCUAUGAACGCGUUCAUGGUGUGGUCCCGAGCGCAGCGGCGGAAAAUGGCCCAAGAGAACCCGAAAAUGCACAAUUCCGAGAUCAGCAAGCGGCUCGGAGCGGAGUGGAAACUUCUGACGGAGUCCGAAAAGCGGCCGUUCAUCGACGAAGCGAAGCGACUGCGGGCGAUGCACAUGAAGGAACACCCUGACUACAAAUACAGACCCAGGCGAAAGCCCAAGACUUUAAUGAAGAAAGACAAAUUCGCGUUCCCGAUGGCGUAUAAUUUGGGCGAGCACGAGGCGAUGAAAGUGGGCGGUUUACCGAUUGGAGCGCUUUCCGAGUCGUUAAUGAGCAACCACGACAAGGUAGCGGCGGCGGCGGCGGCAGCCGCGGCCAGGGUGUUCUUCAACCCUUCCAUGUCUACCAACCCCUAUUCUUUUUUUGACCUCGGCUCAAAAAUGACAGAGCUUUCUCCACCGUCUUUCCCAUACGCCUCACCGUUGGGUUACCCAACAGCGGCGACGGCUUUCUCCGGAGCGGGCGCACAUACCCACACGCAUUCCCAUCCAUCGCCGGGUAACCCGGGCUACAUGAUCCCGUGUAACUGCGCGGCGUGGCCGUCUGCGGGGCUCCAGCCACCCCUUGCCUACAUUUUACUACCUGGAAUGGGCAAACCACAGCUUGAACCGUAUCCCGCGUACGCGGCGGCGUUAUGAGACUCUGAAAAAGUUUCUAAAUGUGAAAUAAACGCAAUACAGGUGGAGCAUGAACAUGUGAUGCCACGAUCGUCAUAUCAGAUAUCACAUGUGUUUGUAUCAUGAUUAAUGCCUUGAUGUAAGGUACAACUCUCUGACGUUCUGUUCAGGAUAUUAAUGGGAAACGACAAUGUGCUGAACGGCUCGAGCGAAUAUAGUAUGUGCCCUUAUCAAUGUGAAUAAUUCUACCGCGUCAGACUAACCUGUUGACUCUGUAACUUACCAUGUGACGCUAUUGCAGAGAAAACCGGUCAGUGCUGUUAAAGUGGUCGCAUUUGAGCUAUAUUGGAAAAAAAAAAAAAAAAAUUGUUUUAUUAUGAAAAUCAGAUUUGGUUAAUUCCCACGCAGUUUUCUUCUUCUUCUUCAAAUCAGUCAUGUUGCUGUAAAUGUGUAUAGAUUUAUUAAAUCAUAUCUGGUUAGUGCUCCAAAUGCAGGAGCUGAUGGACUAGAAAUCAGGUGUCCAUGGAUGUAUGUAAUAUUUAUUGUUCAGUCAGUGAAACUGCCCUAUUUGUUGAUCGUGGGACACGAUCCGUGUCCUUUGAUAUUUGCACAAAGGGAGACCAUGAGCACUUAUAAGUGUAAUUUAUUGAAAAGAAACAACAUGCCCAAGUUCCUGAAAUUUCUAUGGGUGCUGGUCCGUCGACAUAUUCUACAUCAGACGACUGUCAGAUGCGUUCACGUAUAAGAAAGUCAGUCCGUUUUUUACUAACUCGAAGUGAAAUUGUAUGUUCUAUGUUUUGCAUAAUUCCACUUAUAUGUACUUAAAAUGCCUAGCGUUCAUUUAUUGGACAAGGGGGAUAUAAUAAAGCGUA